AUGUCAAAUUCAGAUUCAAUAACUCCUCCUGCAAGAGAUGAAUUAAAAGUUGAUAAUUUAUCAAAUUCUUCUUAUAAAUUAGAUAAUGAUGGUUCAAGUCCAAUUAGAGUAAAUGAAAAUGAUCAAAUUUCUUCUUCAAAUGCAAAUCUAUUUCAAUUAUUCUUCUAUAAUAAAGGUCUUGGGAAAAGACCUCCUUAUUUACAAGAAAUUUAUGAUAAUACUCCUCGUAAUAUUUAUGUAAAUUAUGAUUUACCUCCCAAUAUGCAAACUCAUAAUGGUAUACCCAUUGUUACAUAUCCAAGAAAUAAAAUUAGAACAACAAAAUAUACUCCCCUUUCAUUCUUACCCAAAAAUAUCUUAUUUCAAUUUACAAAUAUUGCUAAUUUUUAUUUCUUAGUCAUUGCUAUUUUAGGAGCUUUUCAAAUCUUUGGAGUUCCAUCUCCUGGUUUAGCUGCUACACCUUUGAUUGUUAUUGUUUGUAUAACUGCAGUUAAAGAUGCCUUUGAAGAUAGUAGUAGAGGAAGUAGUGAUAUGGAAUUAAAUAAUUCUCCCAUUCAUUUAUUAACUGGUUUACAUAAUCCAAAUGUGUUAACUGAUUAUGUGGGUCCAUGGAGAAGAUUUAAGAAAUUUUGUAGUCGAAUUUUAUUAAAAUUUUAUCGUGGUUUAAAAACAGUUAUGAUUAUGAUAUUUGCUUCAAGAAAGAAGAAACAAGAAAUCAUUCGUCAAAAUAAACAAAUUGAACAAAAUGAAUUACAUCGAGUUUCAACCAUUGUUAGUGAAUUUUCCCUUAAUUCAAAUGUUGAAAGUCUCCCACCUGAUGAACCAAUUCAAAAUAGAAAAUCAACUUCAUCUCGUAAAGCUAGAAAAUCUCAUACUGGUGCUCAUAGACAAACUGUGGCUGGAGCAAAUACCCUUUUAAAUCCUGUAUUACAAACCUCAAAUGAAUCUAAUUCUUCAACUUGUUUUAAAAAUAGAAGAUGGAAAGAUGUUAGUGUUGGUAAUAUGAUUAGAGUUCGUGCUAAUGAAGAAAUCCCUGCUGAUAUUAUCAUCCUUUCAACAUCUGAUACUGAAGGUAAUUGUUAUAUUGAAACUAAAAAUUUAGAUGGUGAAACCAAUUUAAAAUUAAAAACUUCAAUUCAUGCUGGUGGUUCUCAUAAUUUAAAACAUGCUGAUGAUUUAGGUAAUACGAAAUUUUGGGUUGAAUGUGAUGCUCCAAAUAGUAAUCUUUAUGCUUUUAGAGGUACCAUUCAUUAUGAAAAUUAUGAUGAAAAUCAUACUUUAAUUAAUCCUGAUGAAAAGGAAGCUCUUUCAAAUGAUAAUGUAUUAUUAAGAGGUUGUACUUUAAGAAAUACAAAAUGGGUUAUUGGUUUGGUUAUUUAUACUGGUUCAGAAACUAAAAUCAUGCUUAAUUCAGGUAUAACUCCAACUAAAUCAUCAAAAAUUGCUCAUGAAUUGAAUUUAUCAGUUAUUAUUAAUUUCAUCGUGUUAUUUGUCCUUUGUUUUGUUUCAGGUUUAAUCAAUGGUUUAUUCUAUACUAAAACCAAUGUAUCAAGAUUAUAUUUCGAAUUCCAAGCUUAUGGUUCAACUCCUGCUAUCAAUGGGGUUAUUGGUUUUGUUGUGUCCCUUAUCAUUUAUCAAGCUUUAGUUCCUAUUUCAUUAUAUAUCUCGGUGGAAAUUAUUAAAACUUUACAAGCAUUCUUUAUCUUUUCAGAUCGAAAAAUGUAUUAUGAAAAAUUGGAUUUCCCAUGUACGCCAAAAACUUGGAAUAUUUCGGAUGAUUUAGGACAAAUUGAAUAUAUCUUUAGUGAUAAAACUGGUACUUUGACUCAAAACGUUAUGGAAUUUAAAAAAUGUACCAUUAAUGGUAAAUCUUAUGGUUUAGCUUAUACUGAAGCUAAACAAGGAUUAGAUAAACGUGCCGGUUUGGAUGUGAUUACUGAAACUGAGAAAUGGAAACGUAUCAUUGGUAAUGAUAAACAAUCUAUGAUUGAAGAAUUAACUAAAUUUUCCAUUAAUGAUCAAUUAAGAGAAGAAAAUGUUACUUUUGUAUCAAGUGAUUAUGUUAAAGAUACCAUGUCAAAUAUUGAUCGUAAACAAAAGAAUGCUAAUGAAGAAUUUAUGUUGGCUUUAGCUUUAUGUCAUACUGUGGUUACUGAAGAAAAUGAAGAAGAUCCAGAAUUAAGAGAUUUUAAAGCUGAAUCCCCCGAUGAAGCGGCCUUAGUAUCUGUGGCUCGUGAUUUAGGUAUUGUGUUUAAAGAAAGAUUAAGAAAAAGAUUGAUUUUGAAAAUUUAUGGUGAUUCUCAAGAAUAUGAAUUAUUAGAUAUUAUCCCUUUCACAUCUGCAAGGAAGAGAAUGUCAUGUGUGAUUAAAACUCCUCAAGGUAAAAUCUUAUUAAUCACAAAGGGGGCCGAUAAUGUUAUUUUCCAAAGAUUAGAUCCAAAAUCUAAUUCCAAUGAUGUUAUUUCAAAAACUGCUUUACAUUUAGAAGAUUUCGCUAAAGAAGGGUUAAGAACCUUAUGUAUUGCUCAAAAGGAAUUAGAUCCAAGUUUUUAUAAUAGUUGGACUCAACGUUAUAAAGAUGCUUGUGCCUCGAUUGAUGAUUCUCGUGAUGAACUUAUCGAUAAAUUAGAUGAUGAAAUCGAAGGUGAUUUGAUUUUAUUAGGUGGUACUGCCAUUGAAGAUCGUUUACAAGCUGGUGUUCCUGAUUCCAUUGCUAUUUUGGCUCAAGCUGGUAUUAAAUUAUGGGUUUUAACUGGUGAUAGAAUUGAAACUGCUAUUAAUAUUGGAUUUUCUUGUAAUUUAUUAGAAAAUGAAAUGAAAUUAUUAGUAGUUAGACCUGAAACUGAAGAACAACAAAAUGAUGUUGAAUAUGUUGAUCAAUUAAUUACUAAUUACUUACAAGAAUAUUUCGGAUUAUUAAAAGAAAAGAAUGAUGUGGCUGAAAUUGAUCGUUUAAUUAAAGAGGCUAAAUUAGAUCAUAGUGCUCCCUCACCUAAUUUUGCCCUUAUUAUUGAUGGAGCUGCUUUAAGUUUGGUUUUCCAAGAUUUAACUAGUCACGCCAAUCCAUCGGUUACUAAAUUAAGACAAAAAUUCCUUUUAUUAGGUAAACAAUGUAAAUCUGUUAUUUGUUGUCGUGUUUCUCCAUCUCAAAAGGCUGAAGUGGUUAAGACUGUUAAAACAAAUCUUGGAGUUAUGACCUUAGCCAUUGGUGAUGGUGCUAAUGAUGUGGCCAUGAUUCAAGCUGCCAAUGUUGGUGUUGGUAUUGCCGGUGAAGAAGGUAGACAAGCUGUUAUGUCUUCUGAUUAUGCCAUUGGCCAAUUUAGAUUCUUGGCUCGUCUUUUAUUAGUUCAUGGUAGAUGGUCUUAUAAAAGAUUAGCUGAAAUGAUUCCAUGUUUCUUUUAUAAAAAUGUGGUUUUCACGAUUACACUUUUCUGGUUUGGUAUCUAUAAUAAUUUCGAUGGAUCUUAUCUUUUCGAAUAUACCUAUUUAAUGUUUUAUAAUUUAGCCUUCACAUCAUUAUCAGUCAUUGUGUUGGCCGUGUUGGAUCAAGAUGUUUCAGAUACUGUUUCCUUAUUGGUUCCUCAAUUAUACAGAUCUGGUAUAUUAGGAGUUGAAUGGUCUCAAUAUAAAUUCAUUUGGUACAUGGUUGAUGGUCUUUAUCAAUCUGUCAUAUCAUUCUAUUUCCCAUAUUUGUUGUAUUAUAUUGGAUUCCAAAAUCCUCAAGGUAUGACCAUUGAUCAUAGAUUCUGGAUUGGUGUGGUUUCAGUAUGUCUUUCUGUGACAGCUUGUAACUUCUAUAUUCUUUUACAACAGAAGAGAUGGGAUUGGUUAUCACUUUUAAUCUAUGCUAUUUCGAUUUUAUUAGUUUAUUUCUGGACUGGAGCUUGGAGUGCCGUUUUAUUUUCAGCUCAAGAAUUCUAUAGAGCUGGAGCUCAAGUUUUCGGUACUUUAGGUUGUUGGUGUUGUAUUUUCAUUGGAGUUCUUUUAUGUGUACUUCCAAGAUUUAUAUUUGAUUUCUUAAAGAGAAACUUUCACCCUCGUGAUAUUGAUAUUAUUAGAGAAAGAGUAAGAAUGGGUGAAUAUGAUGAUUAUCCUCAAGGUUACGAUCCAACUGAUUAUGAAGACGUGGAAAGACAUAGACUUUUAUCUGAAAUUAUGGAUAAAGAUCCUGAAUUACUUGUUGAAUUAGAAAAGGAAGCUCAUCCCGAAGUUCCAAGACUCGAUUCAUUUAAUAUGAAUAAUAGUAAUAAUAAUGAACAUCAUAUUAAUUUCAGUUCGGAAGCUGAUCAAGUACCAAGUAGUCCAACUGAUUCACCAAAUAAUAAUCCAAUUGCAAAGACUUUCAAUACUAUCAAGAGAAGAGCUACAUUGAAGAGAAAGAACACUAUUGGUUCGGGUUCAAGAUCAAGAAGUCAAACUAUCAAUGAACAAUUCAGACAUCCAAUUGAUAUUAAUCAAUUAAGAUUACAAAUGAUUCAAAGAGGUGAAUAUAAAACAUCCAGAAAUUCAUUAGAAAGAGUUGAUACCACUCAUGAAGUUCCUGGAUUAAGUCAAGCUGAAAGUUUGAUAAGAUUGCAUACUAGAAAUAGUAUAAAUUUAAGUUAA